AGCCUGUGGGAUGGGAGUGGGGAGCUCCUGGUGAUCUGGGCACUUUCUCCUUCAUGUCACUGACCUGCCAGGAGCCGCUUUAGGACAUGGAUCCCAAAGCAGCAAGAGGUACCAGGAAGCGCCGCUGAUCUGCACAGACCCCUUUGCCUGCUGCUGCCCCACAGGGAACAGGGAGCUGCUGAGGAGCUGCAUGGUCCAUCCCUGGAUUCUCCAAACCCUGACUGCCCAUCCCCACUGACCACAGCCAGGGGCCACAUCCCACUGCCUGCCCAGCGUCCAUCCAUGGAGGUGACCACCAUGUUCCCAUCUCCCACCUCACUCACUGAAGGAGAUGAUCUGUGUGAGACAGAUGUCACCACUGUGGCCAUACACAGUGCGACUCUGCUCAUCGGCCUCUGUGGGCUGGCUGGGAACGGGGCUGUCAUCGGCCUCCUCAACCUAGAAAUUUGUAAGAAUCGCAUUUUUAAGCUGGCUGUCAUUGACUUCCUCUUCCUCCUCUUUGUGGUCCCCUCGGCCCUGCUCUUCCUGGUGGAGGACGUGUCCUGCUCUCCUAUCCUGCCCCUGCUGUACCUGAACUUCCUUUUCCAGCUGUCAGUGGUCUCCUACUACUAUGUGGUGUUCCGGCUGAUAGCCGGUGGCACUGUGCAGUACAUGUCCAGGCUCUGCAAGCUCUGCUGCCACUUGGACCUUCCCAAGCGCCUGAGGUGGGUGGUGGACAGUGUCCAAUACUGGGCCUUCUUUGCUCUCUUUGCUGCCAUGCCGGCAGUGACAUUCCUGUGCCAUUCACACGAGCAGGAACACUGCAGGGCAGCUCUCAUCUCCAUGAACACCAUCGUCCUGCUCCUCUUUGUUGCACCCGUGCUCAUUUCCAGCACAAUCGGAAAGAAAAAACAGCCCACAGCGAUGAUCCUGCCAUGGACGUAA